AUGUCUGCUCAGAAUUCGCGGAAGCGCGCGGCGCCCGGUGCGGCACCCAUGGCGCCGUACCAGCAGCGCAUGCAGCAGCCGUACAUACCCGACAAUAACGUGGGAGUGACCGACCCAAUGAUGCGGUGGAAUGGCACGGGCGACGGUGCCGACUUUAUCGACUCGACAGCGCACCCCGCGAAUCAGUACGGCCUCGUUCCGGCCCAGCCGCAAUUCGGCCAGCCAGUUCCUACGCCCUCCAACUCUCUCACCCGGCGGCCCACGAACCAGGCGCUCGUGCCUACCAAUCCACGGGCCAACUACGACUCUUCGGUCGAGCCGUGGACCGGCUUUGGCGAUGACAGCAACGCGCUUCUGCAGCAGAACAAUGGCGAGGGCUUGGUGGAGCAGGACAACGUGGAGGUGCUCGAGGAGAUGGCCGCCAAAGCCAAGCGUGAAGCGCAGAGCAAACGCAAGCAGAUCCCUCCUUUCGUCCAGAAACUUAGCAGCUUCCUGGAGGAGCGGAAAAACGAGGACUUGAUUCGGUGGUCCGAGAAGGGCGACUCGUUCAUCGUCUUGGACGAGGACGAGUUCGCCAAGACUCUGAUCCCGGAAUUGUUCAAGCACAACAACUACGCUUCUUUUGUGCGACAGCUCAACAUGUACGGCUUCCACAAGCGCGUGGGCCUGUCGGACAAUUCGAUGCGGGCCAGUGAGCGCAAGAACAAGAGCCCCAGCGAGUACUACAACCCGUUCUUCCGGCGCGGGCAUCCAAAUCUGCUGUGGCUCAUCAACAAGCCCAAGAGUGGCAGCAAAGCUAACAAGAAGGGGGCAAAAAAUGCCGAGGGCGAGGCAGAAAGCGACGAAGAUGCCGGACAGGAAGAAAGCCCCAGCCAGGGACAGGGGGCCUCGAGCGCUCCGGCGGGUCGCUCGCUCCCGGCGGCAGAAUCGCCACCGCUGCAGAAGAAGGAAAUGGCCGUGAUUCGAGAGGAGCUCAACAAGGUCCGCGAGCAGCAGAAAAUGAUCCUUGGCGCUAUCACGCAGCUGCAACGGAACAACAACGAUCUGUACAACCAGGCGAUGAUGUUCCAAAACCAGCAUGACCGACACCAAAACUCCAUCAACGCCAUCCUCAAUUUCCUUGCCAACGUCUUCCGCAAGACACUCGAAGACGGCAGCCACCAAAAUGUCGGCGACAUCAUCUCGAGCAUGAUGACGAACCAGGGUAGCCAGUCGUCCCAUCAGCAAGGAAGCGUGUUCGAUCUGGGCGACUUCGUUCAGUCCCAGGUGGACCCUGCGUCCAAUAUGAGCGGUACUCACAAGCGAGCGCGUGGCCUGCUGCCCCCGAUUCCCAACCAGAACGAAGGCAUGAAAGCCAGCAGGUCGCCUUCAGCCGCCAGCACCCCUUACCACGCGGUCGGGGGCCAGAAUCCAGAGAUGGGAACGGUCACGGAGCUGUUGGAUUCGGACACGCCGCCAACCCUACGUCAAGAAUUGGAGACGAACCCCCAGGAGCGCAUGAUGAAGAUCAUCAACGACCACAACGCUACAAACACGUCGGGCAUGGAUCUUCCGGAGGCAGCCAAGCUCGUGGCCAACGCGCCCAAUACGCUCAACCAGGACCAGCAAAGCAAGUUGGUCGACUUGAUGUCGAGACAGACAUCGUCGCCAUCCUCUACGUCGCCUACACCCGCACCAGCGCCCAGCGGAAGGGCUCCCGCUGCGGCACCGCCUCCUUCGAGUGCACCUGCUGGAGUGUCGCCGCCGCCUACGUCUGGUGCCGCUGCGCCGUCCCUCUCGCCAAUCCUACGGUCUCCCACCAUGCAGCCCCCGUCCCUGAACCAGAUCAACGCGAAUCAGAUCGACUUGGGUCAGCUUUCAAGACUGCAGAGCGAGCAGGACGCCAAGAUCCACGAGCUGAGUGAGAUGCUAGGCCCGCUUAGCCCGUCGGGUCACAUCCCCGGACUUGGCGACGGCAACGAGGCCUACUUCGAUCCGCCUAAUGUCGACUUGGACCAGUACUUUGACAGCAACGCAUUCCUGAACGACGCGAAUUUUGGAGGCGACGGCACCGACUUCAAUUUUGGCCUUGACCAUCAUGACGCGCAAAACCCGCUUGACAACCAUCCUGAGACAAAGAGUGGCAAAGACACGCCUAGUCCUACAGACACGGAGGAGAUACAGCGAGACGACUUUGGUAAUGACAGCAACCCCAGUCGUGACAACAAACGGCAACGAGUGGGUUAG